CUCCAGAUAGAUUGGAAUACACCGUAAAAAACCAAUCACAGCAUGCCUCCUCUUUUCCCUCCUUCCCUCUCAUUUCCCCUAAACUGCGCCUGUUCAAACCCAGCAGUCCUCAGCCAGGACUUAACACCAUCCUGCCAGCAGCAUGAAGCCUGUGCUGCUCCUUCAGCUCCUGCUGGUGAUUCAUCUAGCACCGCAGCUGGUGCCUGCGAGUCCCAAGCAACAAUUUAUGAAGUAUAUUUUGGAGCCUCCGCCGUGCAGAGUGGACCCUGGAAACUGUACUGAUUUCUGUUCAAUGCAGGAAGAUUGCUCACAUGGACUUCAGUGCUGCUCUGCCUUCUGCGGGACAGUCUGCACAUUCAACAAAAAUAUAAUCCAAAAAAAGUAA